UCGGAAUACUUGCCUGCCGAGCCUAGCCACACCGUCCGCGGCGGUUCCACGCCCGCUGCCCAAGCCUGCGGAGCCAAUCUCCCCACCACUCCCGAAACCCGGGCACCUCCACGAUACCGGCCAGCCGCCGCAGGCAGGAGAGGGGCCCACGCCCACCGUCCGCUACCUAUCCUUGCCCUGUGCCCCUGCUCGACGAAUCCAUCUACUCGCCUCACUCGGUCGCCGCCAGCCGCUCCCCGCCUCCGCCUGGCAGCCGUCGGGGUGUUAGCAGGUUGCUCGUCUAGAGUCCGACCUGAUCAAUACAACUCAACAGCUGUGUUGGUGGUCCAAUUGGAGAUGUCAGGAACACAUGAUAAAGAUAAGAAGAUUGAAGAGGAAGAGGAGGCGGAAGAAGAAGAGUACGUCUUGCUAGAGUUGGAUCAUUGUCUUUAUUCAGACAUAUUGCCAGGCACUCCGUUUGCACUCUCUGGUCUGGAUACACUCACUCCCACCCUGACAGUAGGUGAUGGUCUCAAGAUGAUUGGAGAAUACGAAGAAACUGUUGGCACAUGCUAUUUAUACUCUGAAAGUGAAGCUGAACCAAAACCUCAUAGUGAUGAGACUGCACCUUCCAAUAUAACCACAGAAAAACCAGUCAGCAACAGCAAGGAAGCUCUGUCGAAGGAGGUGAACCAUCUCGCCAGCGUUCAAAAGAUCCUCAAGUUUCGGCCAAUCAACGCAGAAGCACCCGCAGCACAGAGCACAUCAAGAUAAGGACAAGGAAAUCUGCAACAGAAACAUGUAGCUGCCAUGUUCUUCAACGCCUUCAGUGUCCAGUAAGGAAAUCUGCAACAAAAACAUGAGCAUCUUCAAGAGUUUCUAAUAUUUUUUUCCCAAAACUUCUUGUUUGCCAACUCCCCAAAUAGGUAUAGGGAGGCAAAAAAGAGUCUAUCUCCAAUAGUUUUCUAUUUUUACUCCAAAAAAUGAGAAGUUGUGGCCCCACAAGAAUAAUUUCACGAGAAACUUCCAUAGCUGACGGGCAUGGCUGGCA